GGGCAUCAGUCGUUCUAUAUCCGAACAACACAGACCAAGAUGUUUAAGUUGGUGGUGUUGUGUGCUUUUCUCGCUGCGGCGGUGGCAGAACCGAGUGGGCUCUUUGCACCUUUGGCGUACUCUACAAGUGUGAUUUCACCAGCUUCUACUACUAUCACCAGGCAGGCCAGCAGUGUCAUCCAUCCUUCACCAGUAAUAUACUCCGCUCCAUGGUCUUACAAUGCACAUUUCGCUCAUCUGAUCAAGAAACGAUCCGUCUUGGCACCAGCGAGCUACAUUGCACCGGCCUCAUUCGUCACUUCAUACGCAGCUGGUCCCUUGUCUACUAGUUACACAUACAGCCCAUACACAUACAGCCCAGCCCUUCCUUUGACGACGACUUAUUCAGCACCUAUCUACAGUGCCACCGCGCAUUUCAUUAAGAAGCGAUCUGCUGUAAUUCUGCCAAGUACUUAUGUUGCUCCAAGAUAUACUGUUGCAACUUCUUAUGUGCCAACCACGUAUGCUGCUCCUGCUCAUAUCUUCUCGACGCCAUUUGUAUCCUCUGCUCCGAUAGCGUAUUCACAUCUAAUUAAGAAACGAUCGGCUCCUUUUGCCAUUACAACUUACUCAGCUCCUGCUGCCUUCUCUCAUCAGUCUAGAAUUGAUAUUAAAAGUUCACCUGCUUUUGCUUCUUACUCCUACCCCUUACCCCUUGCUUACUCAGGUCCUGUCCUGCUACACAAGUAGUGUGGGAAUUAUGUGAAUUAAAGUUGCCAAUGAAAAAAACAACGUCAUCGAAAUUUCAAAAUUUAUUUUCACAAUAGUCAUCUUUUGUUAUUGUACAUACAUGUUAGAUCACUGUAAAUAAAUACCAAACAAAAAUGUAA